AUGGAGAAGUCUCCCGAGCACUCCACCGCCGAGCCCGUCGAUGUUCCCCGUCCCACAGGAUGGAUGUACAAAUCGCGAUCCAUUGGCAAAUGGUCCACCAGCUGGUAUGCCUCGCCGCGCAUCCAGCUGGGCAUGGUCGCCUUCGUCUGCUUCCUGUGUCCUGGCAUGUUUAACGCGCUGAGUGGCUUAGGUGGCGGUGGAAAGGCCGACCACACCCUCGCCGAUCAAAUGAACAUCGCUCUGUACUCGACCUUCGCCGUUGUCGGUUUCUUCGCUGGAACUAUCGUCAACCGUCUGGGUAUCAGACUGUCCCUCUCUUUCGGUGGAAUCGGUUACUGCUUGUACUCCAUCAGUCUGAUCGUCUCCGAGCACAAGUAUGUCCCCGGCUUCAACAUCUUCGCUGGCGCCUUCCUGGGUGUCUGCGCUGGUCUCCUCUGGGCCGCGCAGGGAACCAUCAUGAUGUCCUACCCGGCCGAGCACCAGAAGGGUCGCUACUUCGCCUGGUUCUGGGCUAUUUUUAACAUCGGUGCUUGCAUUGGUAGUUUGAUCCCUCUCGGCCAAAACAUCAAUGUCAAAACCAACGCCAACGUCACCGAUGGCACAUACAUCGCCUUUAUCGUGCUGAUGUUCGCAGGCGCCUGUUUGGCCCUCUUACUCUGCGACGCAAACAAGAUCGUCCGCUCAGAUGGCUCCCGGGUCAUCCUCAUGAAGCAGCCCAGCUGGAAAACUGAGUUCGUCGGUCUCUGGGAGACAAUCCGCUCCGAGCCGUGGAUCAUCCUUCUCUUCCCCAUGUUCUGGUCCUCCAACUGGUUCUACACCUACCAGCAGAACGCCAUCAACGGCUCCUACUUCAACACUCGUACCAAGUCACUGAAUGGGUUCUUGUACUGGUUUGCUCAGAUCGUCGCUGCUGUCAUUAUUGGUCCCCUGCUGGAUGUCGAGCGUGUGCGUCGCUCUGUUCGUGCUAAGAUUGCGCUUACCACGCUGUUCAUCUUGACUGUUAUUAUCUGGGGUGGUGGCUAUGCUUGGCAGAAGAAGUAUACCCGUGCCGAUGUGGAUCCUAAGAUUCAUCCCGAGUUCAAGGGCUGGGAUUGGACUACUGAUGGUUACGUUGGUCCUAUGUUCUUGUACUUCUUCUAUGGCAUGUACGAUGCUAUCUGGCAGGGUAUUGUCUACUGGAUCAUGGGUGCCCUUGGUAACUCAGGCCGCAAACUUGCCAACCUCGCCGGUUUCUACAAGGGUCUGCAAUCGGCCGGUGCGGCCGUCAUGUGGAGUCUAGAUAACAACAAGCUUCCCUUCAUGAACGAAUACGCCUCCAAUUUCGGUCUGCUGUGCGGCUCCAUCCUCGUCGCUGUGCCGGUUGUCUUUUUCAAGAUUAAGGACUCUGUCCCUGUCGAGGAGGAUCUCGCUGGAACAGACGAGACGCUCGAGGAUGUUCUUCCUCCCGGUGCUGUGGAGUCGAAACGCGUUGGCGAUGAGAAGAUCUAA